UUGGCGGUAUUACUGCUUUCUGACCAUCUUUGAGCUACGCACCGCCCCUCCGACCUGUAAAUCUCUCUUGCAUUCAGUGGAGCGAGCGGCUCUGACAGGCACUAUCAACUGGCCGAUCUGCGCGAUCCUGGGCUGGAUCAAGGGGGAGGAAUGGGGACAGUCAGUUGCGAAGGCGACAUCACCCGAGCGCUUAUAUGUCAGAAAGCGAACACUCCGCUAGAUGAUGUCGUUUGUGUUUUCGCAUCGUGGCAACAGUUUGGGGACUUGAAAUAGACUGAUGGUUUUUGAAUGGCAGAAGCUAUCGAUGAAAUUGGUGUUUAGAAAAGUGAAAUCAAUUUUCCGCUGUUAAUCGACCGAAUCCCUGGAUGGAAGACGACUUGAGAGGUCGGACAGAAACUGUUUGAAGAAAACAGCCCUUUUUCAAUGUCGCUGCGCCUAUCAUAAUCUGAAACAUCAUUGGCAGCCUCGACGGCUGCUAGAUGAGACAGUCCAUCUUUGCCAUGGCAUUGGUCCUGAAAAACUCGGAAAAGCUCUCAAAAUGAAAAGCGCUCAACGUUAGUCAUUACUGCGGAUUUAAAUGCCUCUCGCGAAUGGACACCGACCGGCUAUUUCGGUCCAGUUAGUGCGUGUUGCGUUUUCGACUGUCGUGGAAAUCUGAAAUAGAUUGAAAUAAACAUACAAUUAAUUAAGUGCGGGUGAGAAUAUACAACGCAUAGUUUUUCUAAAGCAAUAUGGCUGGUGAGUGGGGCUGGGGACGCUGGCAUAGGCUCUCCAAGGCUCCUAGAUGCUAGCUGAGGCGGACGCCACCGUUACCCAUGGAAGCGGCAACUCUAUGAUGAGUAGAAAUAACUAUUUUAACAAAAAUCCGGACUCCUCGAUCUCUAUGUCCAAGAUGGACGUGAUCAUCCCCUUCUCGCCAGACGUGCCCUGCGACAACAAUGGGCAGCGCAUGUGGUGGGCAUUCCUCGCCUCCUCCAUGGUCACGUUUUUCGGGGGUCUCUUCAUCAUUCUCCUGUGGAGGACCCUCAAAUACCUGUGGACCGUCUGCUGCCACUGUAACAUCAAAAAGAAGGAGGCCCAGAAGGUAAAUAACCCUGCUAACAGUCAGGCAGCAGACGGUACAGCUAAGGGUCCUGAUGAGAAGGACGAAGUGGUCCCUGCCAGCGAGGUGGGCUGGAUGACCUCUGUUAAGGACUGGGCCGGGGUCAUGAUAUCAGCACAAACACUCACCGGCAGAGUCCUGGUUGUGCUAGUUUUCGCUCUCAGCAUUGGAGCACUUGGAAUAUACUUUAUAGAUUCUUCUGAUCCCAUAGAAUCCUGUCAGAAUUUCUACAAAGAUUUCACGUUACAGAUCGACAUGUUCUUCAAUGUCUUCUUCCUCCUCUACUUUGGCUUGCGGUUCAUAGCAGCCAAUGAUAAGCUGUGGUUCUGGCUGGAGGUCAACUCAGUGGUGGACUUCUUCACUGUUCCUCCUGUCUUCGUAUCUGUCUACUUGAACAGGAGCUGGCUGGGUUUAAGAUUCCUGAGAGCCUUGAGAUUGAUACAGUUCUCUGAGAUUUUACAGUUUUUGAAUAUCUUAAAAACAAGCAAUUCCAUCAAGCUGGUGAACCUGUGUUCCAUCUUCAUAAGCACAUGGCUAACAGCUGCCGGAUUCAUACAUUUGGUGGAAAACUCAGGGGAUCCUUGGGAAAACUUCCAAAAUUCCCAGUCACUUUCCUAUUGGGAAUGUGUCUACUUGCUCAUGGUCACUAUGUCAACAGUGGGCUACGGGGACGUCUAUGCAAAAACCACCCUAGGACGCCUGUUCAUGGUCUUCUUCAUCCUCGGGGGUUUGGCCAUGUUUGCCAGCUACGUCCCUGAAAUCAUAGAGUUAAUAGGAAACCGCAAGAAAUAUGGUGGUUCCUAUAGUGCGGUUAAUGGGAGAAAGCACAUUGUGGUUUGUGGUCAUAUUACACUCGAAAGUGUCUCCAACUUCCUCAAAGACUUCCUACACAAGGACAGGGAUGAUGUCAAUGUAGAAAUUGUUUUUCUCCAUAAUAUUUCCCCUAAUCUUGAGCUGGAAGCCUUGUUCAAACGCCACUUUACCCAGGUAGAGUUCUACCAGGGUUCUGUUCUCAACCCUCACGAUCUGGCCAGAGUGAAGAUUGAGUCAGCAGACGCCUGUCUGAUUCUGGCUAAUAAGUACUGUCCAGAUCCCGAUGCUGAAGACGCCUCCAACAUCAUGAGGGUCAUCUCUAUCAAGAACUAUUCCCCCAAGAUACGAAUUAUCACUCAGAUGUUACAAUACCAUAACAAGGCUCACCUGCUCAACAUUCCUAGCUGGAACUGGAAGGAGGGGGAUGAUGCUAUCUGUCUAGCAGAGCUGAAGGCUGGCUUCAUAGCUCAGAGCUGUCUGGCCCAGGGCCUGUCCACCAUGCUGGCCAACCUCUUCUCCAUGAGGUCCUUCAUCGAGAUUGAAGAGGACACAUGGCAGAAGUACUAUUUAGAAGGGGUAGCUAAUGAGAUGUACACAGAGUAUCUGUCCAGUGCCUUUGUGGGGCUCUCCUUCCCAGCAGUCUGCGAGCUGUGCUACGUGAAGCUGAAGCUGUUGCUUAUCGCCAUCGAGAACAAGUCGGAGCUGGGAGAGAGCAGCAUCCUCAUCAACCCGGGGAACCACGUAAAGAUGCAGGAAGGAACUCUGGGGUUCUUCAUCGCCAGUGAUGCCAAAGAAGUAAAGAGAGCAUUUUUCUACUGCAAAGCUUGUCACGAUGACAUCACAGACCCCAAACGGAUCAAAAAGUGUGGCUGCAAACGACUGAUUUACUUUGAAGACGAGCACCCGUCAACUCUGUCGCCCAAGAAAAAGCAGCGGAACGGAGGCAUGCGAAACUCACCCAACAACUCCCCCAACAUGAUGAGCAGGCAUGACCCUCUACUAAUCCCUGGGAACGAGCAGAUGGAGAACAUGGACAUGAACUUGAAGCAGUAUGACUCCACAGGAAUGUUCCACUGGUGUCCGUCUAAAGAGAUCGAGAAGGUCAUCCUGACCCGGAGUGAGGCAUCCAUGACGGUGUUGAGCGGCCAUGUAGUGGUCUGUAUAUUUGGAGAUGUCACGUCCGCUCUAGUGGGGCUGCGAAACUUGGUGAUGCCUUUGAGAGCCAGCAACUUCCAUUAUCACGAGCUGAAGCCCAUAGUGUUUGUGGGCUCGCUGGAGUACCUGAGGAGAGAGUGGGAAACCCUACACAACUUCCCCAAGGUCUCCAUACUACCUGGUACGCCAUUAAGCCGUGCAGAUUUAAGGGCUGUCAACAUCAACCUCUGCGACAUGUGCGUGAUACUGUCGGCCAAUCAGAACAAUAUCGACGACGCCUCGCUGCAGGAUAAGGAAUGCAUUCUGGCGUCGCUCAACAUAAAGUCUAUGCAGUUUGACGACAGCAUCGGGCUCUUGCAGGCUAACUCCCAAGGUUUCACGCCUCCUGGAAUGGACCGGUCCUCUCCAGACAGCAGUCCAGUACAUGGUUUAGCACGCCAGGCCUCCGUCACCACCGGCGCCAACAUCCCCAUCAUCACUGAACUAGCUAAACCUGGCAAAAUACUGCCUUUGGUUUCAUUCAGUCAGGAAAAAAAACUUGGAAUCAACAUACAAAUGAUAACUGAGCUGGUGAACGACUCCAACGUUCAGUUCUUGGACCAAGAUGAUGACGACGACCCGGACACAGAGCUGUAUCUGACGCAGCCCUUCGCCUGUGGAACCGCCUUCGCUGUCAGCGUGCUGGACUCUCUCAUGAGUGCAACAUACUUCAACGAUAAUAUCCUCACCCUCAUCCGGACGCUGGUGACUGGGGGAGCCACCCCAGAGCUAGAGGCUCUACUGGCUGAGGAGAACGCCCUGCAAGGGGGCUACAGCACGCCACAGACACUGGCCAACCGAGACAGGUGUCGUGUUGCCCAACUGGCCCUGUACGAUGGGCCCUUUGCCGACUUGGGGGAUGGUGGUUGCUAUGGAGAUUUGUUCUGUAAAGCAUUGAAGACAUACAACAUGUUGUGCUUCGGAAUCUACAGAUUGAGAGACGCUCACCUUGCCACACCUAGCCAGUGUACCAAACGGUAUGUGAUUACCAACCCUCCGUAUGAGUUUGAGUUGGUCCCCACAGACCUGAUCUUCUGUCUGAUGCAGUUUGACCACAACGCGGGCCAGUCUCGGACCAGCCUUUCCCACAGCUCCCACUCCUCCCAUUCCUCCAGCAAAAAGAGCUCGUCCGUCCACUCCAUCCCCACCACCAACCGCCAGAACCGCAGCAGCAAGGCUCGGGAGGCAGGCCACAAACAGAAUGCAACAAGGAUGAAUAGAAUGAGCCAAGAAAGGAAAUGGUUUACAGAUGAACCAGAAAAUGCCUACCCACGGAACAUUCAGAUCAAGCCCAUGAGCACUCACAUGGCCAACCAAGUCAACCAAUACAAAUCCACUAGCAGUCUGAUACCACCAAUCAGAGAAGUUGAAGAUGAAUGCUGAAAACCAGGCCCGCUUGAUGACUCGUGAGAAUUCUGGACGCUCUUACAAAAGGAGAUAAGAGAUGGUGAACAGGGAUGAUGAUGAUUCAUUGGUCCUCACUCAUUCUACAGAUCAAGGGUUUGACAUAAACACCACAACUGGAAGGGGCCACCUAUGUGUAUACCUGUAAUGUUUUUGAAAUUAUUUGACGAGUUGAAGAGAGAAGAUUAAGUACUUCCUGUAAUUAUUUGCAAUCGUUCAUCACCUCUUUGUGUGUCCAGACUCCAUGACUACUGUAUUUUGAGGUUACUACUUGUUGUUGGAGGAUGAGGGUCACAGCAGUUCGCCCUUCGUUCAUCACAUCUCCCAAAAACGCCAUUGGGGCUGACCACUCAUACACCGUGUCUGUUUCUGUUCUAUUUGCACUAAAACUGAUCACGUUAUUUUGCAACACGACGACGGGAAACAUUGACAUUUCCCCAAAACAACACCCAUCACAGAAAUGUGAACUUUUUGGUUGUCGAUUCACUUUGUCAUUUGAAGAGGUGUACAGAUCCAUUACAUCACUGCUUAGGGUAUGCUACUGUAUGUCAACAUGCUGUUUCAGUAAUCAUCUGAAUGAAUGCAUUCGAGUCCUGUAGAUCAUAUUGUAAAUCAGUUGUCUUGAGACUCAGAGUACUGUAAGAGAUAGUUCUGGGAUAAGCUGGUUGACCGUAUAUAUACACAGUACCUACAUCUGUUCUGGGGAUAUCACAAUGGCUAUGGAUCAUAAUGAUGUCUUUGACCUUGUUUCAAGCUCCUAUUAUCGCAUGGUGCCUGAGCCCUUUUAUAACAAUACAGUGCAGAUGAUCAACUUAACCUGAAAACAUGAAAGGGGACAAAGAACAACCUUGUCCUAACCCUUAUGUGUAAACAUGAAAGGGGACGAAGGACAACCUUGUCAUAUCCCUUAUGUGUAAACAUGAAAGGGGUGAAUGGACAACUUUGUCUCGUCCCUUGUGAACACGUUAAUUGAGUGAAAGGACAGCCUUGUACACAUCUUGCAUAUGGCAUGUGUGUACUGUACGUGGCAGCAAUGUGUCCCCUUAAGAAAAACAUUGGUGGAACAUCUGAGUUAGUGUUAGUGUCGUCAUCUCUCCAUCAGUAUGUAUGUGAUGGUGGUUCAGCCUCUGAGGGAGCAGCAUGUGGGAUCAAGGCUUCAAACAAGAAUGAUGUAUAGGAACUAGCUCUGUCUGGGGGUUGCCAAUCAACUAAUGAACUAAGCAAACACUUUUCUAUGCUCACCAUCAUGCCCAGUCACAUCACCAAUAAUACACCAUCUAUGAUUGAGCUGAAUAAAUGUGAACAAACAUUAGCUGUGUGCCCUAAAAAUGUAAGGGAAGCAUUUAAGAUGGAACCUAUUUAAUAACAAAAUAAUAAGCAUAUAGUUUCAAUAUUUUUUUGUCUGUUGAGAAAUUCGGAGAAACAAUGCCACAUAUUGCGUAAAAUGGGCAUCAGUGGGUCCUCCUUUGACCAGAACCACUGCCUGGCACAGGGUUGGUAACAGAGGCAGCAAAGAGCUUGGAUGUUCUCUGCUGCCAAUCCUGAUGUCAUCAUGACACCUCUAAACACUGUUGGUAACCAUUAAGGGAAAAGCUCAAUCAUAGUUUUGCCACUGAUGCCGAUGAAGAACACUGGAGAAUACUGCCUGUGUUCUUCAUGUCAUUCUGGUCUAGGCACAAGGCAGUGCGUGUUAAAAAUGGACCGUUUCUAUUUUGUUUUUGAUCCAGAGCAACCCAGACAGAGCUGCAGCCUUGGGGAGGAGAGGGUAUGAACCAACUCAAUUCUUAACCUAGAUACUUUAUACAUACAAAUAUGAUUAUUUUAUGUUCAUAUGAGCAUAAUCAUGUUGUACUUAUUUUUACACAUGACGUAGUGAGAAACACUUUGUGAAAGCAAUCCAUUAUUAUUAUUAGGCCUAUAAUUACAUCAGAUUAUUGUAUUUCUAAAUGAAUCACUGUAUUUAACAUAAUCAUACCAAAAUUAUUCAUAUCAAUUCUGAAAUGCUUAUAAUUAGAAAUGCAUCAUUGAGGAAGAGUAGAAGUCCCCUCUCUUAUCCCUGAUAAAGUAUAGUGAUUAAGGGCGCUAUUCAAUCCAUAUCGCAGAAGUUCAACAUUACAGUUUGAUUGAAAUGUAAAGGCAAUGUUUAGCAGAGACUGCAUUCACGAUAAACGCUGCAUAUGUCCAGUGGUGGAACAAGUACUUAUUUGACCAGGGAUGUUCUCUUGAUAAGAGUGUGAAUUGUCAAAAAUAUUAAUAGUAAAAUACAGAUAUCCCAAAAAAACUACUUAAGUAGUACUUCAAAGUAUUUGUUCUUAAGUACUUUACACCACUGCAUAUGUCGACUCAAUCGGAAAUUACAUUUACAUUUCUAUCGCACAAUCUGUAACACUUCAGUGAUACAGAUUGAUUAGAGUCCUAAGUCAAUAUUGUAGAAGAGAUAACAUAAAUUUGUGAGAGCCCUAAGUCAAUAUUGUAUAGGAGAUUACAUAAAUCUAAUGAGAGCCAUAAGUCAAUAUUGUAUAGGAGAUAACAUGAAUCCAAUGAGAGCCCUAAGUCAAUAUUGUAUCGGAGAUAACAUAAAUCUAAUGAGAGCCCUAAGUCAAUAUUGUAUCGGAGAUAACAUAAAUCCAAUGAGAGCCCUAAGUCAAUAUUGUAUCGGAGAUAACAUAAAUCCAAUGAGAGCCCUAAGUCAAUAUUGUAUCGGAGAUAACAUAAAUCUAAUGAGAGCCCUAAGUCAAUAUUGUAUCGGAGAUAACAUAAAUCUAAUGAGAGCCCUAAGUCAAUAUUGUAUCGGAGAUAACAUAAAUCUAAUGAGGGCCCUAAGUCAAUAUUGUAUAGGCGACAACAUAAAUCUAACUCUGAGCUUCUGUAUCACCUGUUGAGUGCUCCUCAAAACAUAAAUGGGCUUAGUUGAAGGAUCUCUGUAGCUGUAUUGAUAAACUUUAUUGUACUGCUCAUUUUCAUCUGUAAGCAAAUACAAAUAUUGUUGUCUGAGACAAACAUAAAUGUGACGUAAACAAUCACUGGGUGUAAAUAAUACCCAGACAGUGAGCCAAUCGGAAAGGUGCAUGAAGCCCCGAUCUGAGGCAUUUAGGCAUUCGUUCAGUUCUGAGAGUAAAACUGGGUGACCUCUACUAUCAAUGAUUGACCUAAAUUAGGUCUCUUAGUAAGGAGAGAUACAUUGAAGUAUUGUUUUGUGGGUGUAUAAUGUCAUUCUUCAUGAAUGUGCGUUUCUAACUAUGUGACAGAUAGUUAGAACAUCAUCAGGUUGUUUGCAUUGAACAGAUAGCCAUGAUAUUAUAGACUAAGAUAAUGUCUUUCUAAAGACCUGUCAUUCUUGACAAAAAAAGGACAUAUAUUUGUGUCUCAAUAUGUUGUGUAUAUUCAGCCAUUAUAUAGAUUUUUCUGAAGCAAAAUGUCCUGAGCUUUCUGUCUGUCUAUUGGGUGUGGUGCGACUGCUCAUACACAUUUUGUCCUGACGUGAACUUCUGAAGCUUUUGUGCUUACAUUGUUGUCACACUUUGUAGCAAGUAUAAUUAUUUUCAGAAAGUAUGUGAGUAAAAAUGUAUAUAUAAUUGGGUUGUUAAUAAUAUACUCGCUAGACUGAAAAACAAGGAAUUAAUAUUUGACACUGACAAUGACUUGAUUCAUAACACAUACUAUUGACGAAGGACAAACUUAUUGUUUUGUCAUAAAUGGAAAAAAAUGUAAGCUUGACUUGAGCAGGUUUAACAGGACCUGGUUAUAUGAACCAUCACAGAGGUGCAGACAUAAGCUGGUACCAGUUCAGCAAAGCUUAUCACAGUACAGAGAGAACAUACUUCAUUGGUUUUCUUGUUAAAAUAGUUUCUUUAUCAGGGUUUACAUUCCAUUUUGUCAGCUCUCGUCAUUUAUGUCAUCAUAGUAAUAUCCAUGGAUUGUUUGAAACUAAUUUGUAUUAUUUGUUUACAGUUUUAUUUUUUAUUCAGAGGUACUUAAAUAACUAUCACUUUACUCAGAAAUCAAAUGGUACAAAUCACAAGCCAAACAGAUACCAGUGCAUUUCAUUAUAUCUGAAUGUUUUUUUAUUUUCAAUACAUGUACCCACAAUUUGUGUGACUGUUUUGACUCAAACUGGAAAAGACACUGGAUUGAAAUCUGUUCUUACAUUAAGCUUGAUCUCUUUUUGGCACAAAUACUCCACAAAUCUAUGGUACUGCUGUAUACCAUAUAAUAUGUUCGUACACGUCUUUGCAAUGUACGCCUCUUAAAGUUAGUGUUUUGAAGUGCCAUGGAAAGUGUUGUUGAACAAGCAUCAUUCAGUCAUUCACUGACUCACUAAAUCAGAAUGAGUAGGGAUUGAGUUAGUUCUUCUCAGAAAGGGAAGUAAAUGUGUAUGUGAUUUAUACUAGCGUGGAGAACAUCCAAGCCAUCCAUGCCCCCAUGCCAGUAUAGUGCCAGGCAGUGCUGUAGGUCAAGAGGAGGGCCCAUUUCAAGACCCACUAUAGCGAAAAGUGGCAUUGAAAAGGAAGGAACAUGGGGCAGGGACAUGGGGCUCAUCAAAGUAUCAUACAUCUGUGUUGGUCGUACUGUCUGUAGCUGAAGGUCUUGUUGUUAGGAGACUGUUAGGAGGGAGAGAUGUUAAAACAUGUUUGUUGUGUGGUAGAAGGUCUGAAUGACUGAAGGAUGCACAGAGAGCACAGGCCAGGCUGUUUCUUGUGGCUCUGGAGUGUUUUAGUCCGCUUAAGAUAGUCAGGACUAUGAAACGUCACACAUCACUGUUGCAGUAUGUUACAUAUUUUUGUUUAUCUAUUUUGUUACUGUAAAGGAUGGAUAAAAUAACUUAUUUGCUGGAAAAUGUACUAGAUGUAAUAAAAUGUAUAAAACUAUGGGGGGAUUUAAGUCUUAACAACACAUUGAAAUUGCAGGUGGCAAUCUUUGUUGAUGUUUUUAGGAAAAAAGAAACUUGCAGUAUUUUGUGGGGUGGGCUGCCUAUCAGUUCGGGUGGAAUUCAGGACAUUGCUCUCACACCUCACAUAUCGGAUUAUUUGGCACAUGGUCUACUUAGUUUGGAUGGAUACAUGGAGGAUUUGAUGGUGCUAGGUAGAUCUACCUGACUCUGUCAAAUAUAAUCUGCUGAUAAACAUACUGUCUUGUACAAAAAGUUUGUACAUAAAUUGUACAUGGUUUCUUUUUGUAUUUUCUCAAAUUAAAAUGGAUGUAUUUGUGUUCUAAAACUG